AUGAGCAAUGCCAUCAAGAACAAGGCUUUCCAGCCUCUGGACAGGAUCAUUGUUAACAUGGCAUUGGUCAACCUUUUGCUUUGCUGUUACAAGGAGAUCCCUGGGCUCCUGGUGUUCCUUCACACUAAAGUGUUCGGGGAGAUAGGGUGCCGGAUUCUCCUUUAUCUGUACCACACGCUCAGGUUGGUCAGCCUUUGGUCAGUGGCAAAUCUAAGCUUUCUUCAUCUCAUCAAGAUACGGAGACCUGGCCAUCGCUGGUUGAAAUAUAUUCACAGGCAUCAAGGGCAGUAUGUAAACUGGUCCCUGGCUGCCUUUUGGGUUGGUAGCGUCAUGUUUCAUACACCGUACCUUCUGUCUGGUGAUUCAUUGAACGUGCACAAUGAGAGCAACAUCCUUUUCACGAGCACCAACUGUAUCGGUCCAUCGGAAAGCUCCCUACUUAAACUGAUCACCUACAUCACCGUGAGCGUGGACUUCCUGCUGAUAUUCCUGGUGAUCCUAUUAAAUGGCUUUACUAUAGACCUGCUUUGUAGACACCGGCGGCAAGUAAGGGACACAAUGACCCUCACCCAUGGCUGGAACAAGCGUACGGCACAAGCAACCAAAAUCCUCCUGUCUUUGCUCUCUCUUUACGUGAUUUGCUGGUUCUCAAGUGACCUGGUCUGGGCAGCCAUGGCUUCUGGAAUAAUACAGAACAGAUUUGAAAACAAGAUCCUUUCUUCACUUUACGGGAUACUGUCAUCCAUUUACUACUCUGUCAGUUCCUGGGUCAUGGUCUUCGGUUACCGGCGAGUGCGAGAUUACUUGGCCGAGGUUGCCUGCUGCAUGGGAAAGGUGCCAUCGCUUGCCCAACAGAGGCAACAACAAGCCACAUGA